CUGGACCUGCAAGGGCCACAUGUCGCCGGAAAUAAGGAGGAAUUCCUAACAGAAGCCGGUCGGGAGGACUGGAGAGGAUCAGACUCAAGCAGAUGUGUGAACGCUGACUUUAGUCAACUUAAAAGUGAAGAUGUAGAUAAAAAGUUGGACGUUAAACUUGACAGCUCUGAUUGCCGUGACGGGAGGGCCGAGUCACCGGGGCACUGCUGCUUCGAACCUCCGGAGCUGCCGCUUUUGAGCAGCCGGGAUGGAGAGAGGGACGGUGGUCUGAGUGGGCAGAGCGAUCCCCAGCCGUGGGGUUUGAGUGCUCCGGUGAAAGAAGAAACCGCGGCCUUUGAUUCCGGCCAGGCGGCCAAAAAUCCACUCUCCUGCUUUUUCUGCGGCACGGAAUUUGCAACGGGGGGACUUCUGACCAGGCACGUGCUCAUCCACACAGGAGAGAGCCUGCUCAGGUGCAUCAUUUGUAAGAGGACGUUCGCUCUGGAGGCGGAGCUUGUGAGUCACGUGUGUGCCCGGGAGUCCUCUCGGCGUCACCAAAGCGGGACGGAGGCGGAAGCUGGCGCCGGCCGGCUGUUUCCCUGCUCGCAGUGCGGGGAAGAGUUUUCCCGAAGGGAGGAAUUAAACGUCCACCUCAGGAGCCACGCGCGGGGAGACCCGCUCAAGUGUUCGGUCUGUCAGGCGGUCUGCAGCGACCGGGACUCCCUAAUCCUCCACAUGAGGAUCCACACCAGGCAGACGCAGUUCAGCUGCUCGGUGUGCGGCAAAGACUUUGCCUGGAGGAGACACCUGACCAAGCACAUGGAGGUGCACAUGAAGAGGAAAAAAGUCUUCCGGUGCAGAGUUUGCGGGGGAGAAUUCUGCACCUACUACGUGUUGUCCAAACACAAGCUCAUCCAUCAGCCGCCGGAGCUCCAUCAGGGCCAGACGGAGGAAAACGGCGAAGAAAACGACAACGUGGAGGCAGCAGCUGCCGAGGAGGACUGUGGAGGACCCGGGGGAGUCACGAACCCAGACCCAGGAAGGCAUUUACAGCCAGAGACUGAUGCGGAGGCUUCAGUGGACUUUAAAGCUGAAGAUCAGGAGUUUUUGAAAGAUCCCGGAGCCUCAGGCUCAGAGUUAACCCCCGAGCAACCCAGCGAAGCCCCCGAAAGCGACAUUAAGACGGACAUACAGCAGCUGGCAGUAAAAGAGGACCUCACGGAGGAGGUGAAACAGGAGGAGCCAGAGCCUCCGCAGGUUAAAGAGGAACCGGAGGAGACUGAAGUCACCACCUUCACCUUCGGCUCCGUCCCAGUUAAGACAGAGGAGGACGAAAAGAAACCCCAGCCCUGGCAGCUUUAUGACAGCCAGGCCGAGGACAACGGCGGCUCGGCAGAACAGCCAGAGCCGGCAAAGAACGCCGACUCGGCAGGUCCGGGGGCGCUGUCCUGUAAAAGCGACGACAGCGCAGACAGCGAUUUCUGGAAGGAGGCCAGAGGGCCUCAGUCCGGCCUGAACUCUGAGAGCGAUUCUGGGAAAAAUCCCCCGAGCGGUCCCGAGGACAAACCGCCGGGGUCCCUGCAGCCCGAGAGCGACGACAGCGUGGACAGCGACUUUUGGAAGGACUACAAGAAACCACAGGCCAGCUCCAACCCCCUGAAACAGGACGCGGCGGAGACGGGCGUGAAGUACGUCAACGACCUGAAGCCGUACAGCUGCACGCUGUGCAGCAAGGCCUUCCGCUACAGCUCCUACCUGAAGACGCACAUGAGGCAGCACACGGAGAGGUACUUCUGCUCCGUCUGCGGCUACCGCUCCACCUCCAGCUCCAACCUGAAGGUGCACAUGCGCACCCACACGGGGGAGAAGCCCUUCAGCUGCCCCGUGUGCGACAAGAAGUACACCAACAAGGCCAGCAUGCAGUCCCACAUGUCGGUGCACGCCGCCGAGAGGAAGUACAGCUGCGAGGUGUGCAAGAAGAGCUUCGCCUGGUACACGGAGCUCAAGUACCACCAGUGUCCGGGCGAGGCCUCGCACCACGAAACCUACGAGGAGGACGCCAACAUCAACCUGAAGAGGAACGUCUCUUACAGCUGA